CGUCCAUCCCCAUCAGCUCAAGCCGCAGAAGACAUACACACACAAACACAAGCCACCCUUCCGAUUUGUUCAUCGAUCAGUUCGCAGCGUACGUCAGGCUAGCUAACUAGUGUUUGGCAAUGGCGUCCGGGCAGCAGCAGCAGGGCAGGUCGGAGCUGGACCGCAUGGCCAGGGAGGGCCAGACCGUCGUCCCCGGCGGCACCGGCGGCAAGAGCCUCGAGGCCCAGGAGAACCUCGCCGAGGGGCGCAGCCGCGGGGGGCAGACGAGGAAGGAGCAGAUGGGGGAGGAAGGGUACCGCGAGAUGGGGCGCAAGGGCGGCCUCAGCACCGGCGACGAGUCCGGCGGCGAGCGCGCCGCCCGCGAGGGCAUCGACAUCGACGAGUCCAAGUACAAGACCAAGUCCUAGACUACACACACUUUUGCAUCCGUGAAUGCCAGUGUGUCGUAGUCGUCUCAGUUGUAGUCAUCGAGUCAGUCUUAGCUAGCUAGCUCUCUUAUCAAUAAUAAUGUAGGUCUUGACGGAUGCACGCAUUUAGGCGCCCGUAUGAUUUGCUAUGUUAUGUUUCAUAUGGUGAUGCGUGCUUAGCUUUAGCUAGCUUUGGUAGUUUGGUUUAGGUGCUGAUCGAUCAUGGUCAGUAGCUAGGGUAUGUGUUUUAGUUUAUUGCAGGAUCGGUCAGGCAGGGGCUGAAUGCUAGCUAGGUGAUGCUUUGGCUUUUCAUGGCCAGCAGCUGCUAGCUUCUUGUUUCCAACUGAUGCCUCUGCUGGGUGUGUCCUUUGUAACCGUGCUUGCUUUCAGUUAAUCUAGCUAGCUGUUGUUCAUCCGAAA